AUGGAUGAGGCAUGGUCCAGCGACCCCAAAGCUCAGUUUAAGUUCGAGAUCGAAAAAUUCCAAUGCUCGCUCCUUCACAAUUCCAAACAUCUGAGAGUACACGUGCUCAGUCUCCGACUUCACGAAGAUACUUUCAACUUCCGCUAA